UUUGCGAUACAGAAACACUCUCCUCCAACGCAAGCAGCGGCAACAUUGUAGCGGAGAAACGCCAGCGGACGGGAAGCAACGAGGGGAGAGCAACGGAAUAGACCCCGUUAUAUUGUUGUGAUUGCCCCAUCUAGAUCGUAUUCUGUCAGAUCUCUCUGAAAAGUGAAUCGGUACACCAUUGAGGAUGUCGGUGGCAGGGCUGAAGAAGCAAUUUCACAAAGCCAGUCAGGCAGCAAAAUGUGAAGACUGUAAAAGGGUUGCUGAGUGAGAAGAUAAGUGGUGCUGAAGGGACAAAGCUAGAUGAAGACUUCAUGGAGAUGGAGAGGAAAAUCGAUGUCACCAACAAAUCAGUGUUGGACCUCUUGACCAAAACAACAGAAUACCUACAACCUAACCCAGCUUCCAGAGCCAAGUUGGGGAUGUUAAACACAGUGUCGAAGAUGAGAGGACAGGUGAAGACCACAGGAUACCCACAGACCGAGGGCCUACUGGGGGACUGUAUGAUGCGCUAUGGACAUGAUCUGGGAGACCAGUCCUCCUUCGGCGGUGCGUUGGUGGACAUCGGUGAGGCCAUGAGGCAGAUGGCCGACGUGAAAGACUCUCUGGACAUCAGUGUCAAACAAAACUUUAUUGACCCGCUCCAGAACUUACAGGACAAAGACCUCAAGGAGAUCACGCAUCACCUGAAGAAGCUGGAGGGGAGGCGGUUGGACUUUGACUAUAAGAAGAAGCGUCAGGGGAAGGUGCCUGACGAGGAGAUCCGUCAGGCGGUUGAGAAGUUUGAGGAGAGCAAAGAGCUGGCCGAGAGGAGCAUGUUCAACUUCCUGGAGAACGAUGUGGAGCAGGUGAGUCAGCUGUCAGCGUUGGUUGAGGCGGCGUUAGACUACCACCGUCAGUCCUUGGAGAUCCUAGAAGACCUCAACACCCAACUACAAAACAGGAUAUCCUCAGCCAGCAGUCGACCGAAGAGAGAAUUUAAACCAAAGUCCAUCAUGAGCAGCAUUGAGACCAUAGACAACACUCAACACAAUGGAACAUAUAGCUCCUCACUCAAGUCCUCAGACAUCCAGAUCAACCACACAGUAAAUGGAAAUGGGAAAACUGAUCCCUUCACCACCGUUCCUCUGUCCUGGCCAGAGAGUCCCACUUUCAACGGCCACCAAUCGGAGGUGCUAGACCAGCCGUGUGCCAGGUCCCUGUAUGACUUUGAGCCAGAGAACGAUGGUGAGCUGGGCUUUAAGGAGGGUGACAUCAUCAUCCUCACCAACCAGAUAGAUGACAACUGGUACGAAGGCAUGAUAAACGGAGACUCUGGCUUCUUCCCAAUCAACUAUGUGGAGGUUAUCGUACCCCUGCCCCAGUGAGACAGGAACGGACAGGACACCACCCAAUCAGGGACCAAUCUCCAGAGCCCAACCUCCUCACAGCCUCCCCUAGUUCCUACACCCUAUGCACCUGUGGAGAUCUGAGAGGAUGUUGUUAUUUUGAUUUCAGAGGUAUUUCCAUAUAGAUUGCACCGGUCGAAUCCGCUCAGAUCUCCACAGGUGCAUAGGGCGCAGGGUCUUGGUGUUGAUUUGGGAUUAUACACAGUGUCCAUUUCAUCAGACUUCAAUCCCCACCCUCAAGCCUCCUGUCAUCAACCCCCAGCCUCCAGUCCCUACCCUUACAUCCUCAGCCUUAGAAACACAGUACUCAAUCCCAAAUCGACCCUAUACCCUAGACACUUUCGUAGAUCUGAAAAGAUUGGACAGGUAUAAGGAAGGAAGUGGACAUUCUAAGCAGCCUAUCAGAAGGCAGAGUGAAGCUAAUCUGAUCUUGUUAAUACCAAUCCUUUAAGAUCAAUAGGAGUGUGUAGGGGUUAGAGGGGCUAUGGGUUUAUUUGGGAUUUCAGCACAACUCUCAGCACAACAACUCUCAGCACAACAACUCCUAGCACAACAACUCCUAGCACAAACCUGUCUAAUUUAUUGUCAAAAUGACAUGUAAUCCCUAGUCUCAGACUACAACCCUCCAAUACCCCAGCACCCACACAGCCCCUAACCCAAACCACAAACUCCAUGAAAUCGUCAUAUGAAAUUGAUCACAACACAAUUCAUCAAAGUCCUCCUCAGAUGACCACGCCUUGCUUUUCGCCACAGACAUUCAAUAAGUGUACUACUUUUCUCUUUGUCUUUUACAAUAUUUAUUUUCUCCAUUGUUCUUUUCAUGGUUUGUGGAAUGUGAGAAUCAGGGUUCCUCCCCCAAACUGUGUUCCAUUUGGAGCAGCUCCAGGUGACGCCAUCAGACAAGACGACUAAAAUAAUCACCUGACAAUCGCUGUGUAACAGGUGUGGACUAACUGAAGAAAAGUCAUUCCAGGUUAUCAAAGAUGAUGCUUUUCUCAUGAUCUGCCACCAUGAGAAAACAAAAUGGAGUCUCCUGGAAAAAUCCACAUUGCUACUGUGCAUCUUCGUUUGGUUAGGGUUUUCCUGUGUAACUCUUCUUCAAGUGUUGAUGUUGAGUUAGGAGUGGUCUUUUUGUUCCUUUUCUCUGCUGUUAUCUGUAGGGCCAGGAGUUAUGCCUGACCAUGUUACCUGACCAAUACAAACUCUAGUCCCCAGUUCUAGGUUAUUAUAGGCUUUAACAUGUGCCCAGAGUUGUUCCUGUUGUCCGUCUGCCUGCUUGUCUGCCUGUUGUGCUCUUAAGUGUUAUCCCAAACACAUAUUUUAAACUGUAAGGAACUGAUUUUACAACUCUGAAUGUCCCUCUCUCUCUGUGUUUACAUGGUCUGGUCUUACUGUGACGUAAAGGCUCCUCUAAGGACUGUACCACUGUUCUGUGUCAGACGGGGGUAAAUGCCUUGACCCACUUGGACCGUUUAAGUGCUUUUUAAAAUGUUGUCUGUAUUGCACUGAAGCUGUAGACCCGAACGCACACCUCCGGACAUGCACAUACUGUAUGUUUUCUAGUUUCUCCUCAAGCACUGCACUUUCUAUGUCCUUCACCAUGAGAGUACAGUACCGUCUGAUGGUGAAUAAAUAGAUUGAUAUGGACCACGAUAUGUACUGUAUGUGAUGAAACAGUUUGUCUGCCAUGUAACGUCAGACCACCAUUGUAGAUUGAAUGAAGUCUCCAAAUGAUACACAUUAAAGGCAUACUUUGUCACUUUUCAUUCCCCUGUGGUCGUGCCACAAAGUACUUACACACUCCAAACCAAACUAACAUUGUUUGAUUCACAUCAGUCAGGCUCUUCUUUGUCUUUGUACUUUGCACUUGCAAAGACUCUCAAGCCUUCAAAACAAACAGGUGUUAUCUAAGGCCUCACAGGUGACCAGAAAUAGAAGCAAUGAAGUGUGCCUUUAAUGAGAUAUGCCUGUCUAGUAUCAUGUCUGAAGUCCGAUAACCCUGGGCUUAUUUAGGAAGUGCAGCAUUGCUCUGACCUGACCUUCUAAUUGACACGUCUCUUUAGUCUGAUAGUUGGUUUUUAACUGCCAAUAGCCUCUCUCUCUCUCUGCUGAGAAUGGAAUUCAUCAGAGCCCUAUAAUAAGUAUUAUGUACUGUGUAUAUAUAGCUCUGGGCUUUAUAUGUUCCCCAUUCAACAGAAUGGAUAACUCCAGAAGGAUUGAACAACAAUGCCAUAACUGAAUCAUCACCAUGGAUGGUCAUUUGUUUUCCUUUUUCAAUUAGAAAAACACUAUUUGAAAAGCCACUGUAGUGUGUGGACAUUCCCUUUACCCAAAAGUCUGGAUUGGGUUUUUCUACCAAAAUACACUUAAACAUUCUUAAGCAUCUUCUUUCUCUAAGUAUAACCAUGUUCUGGACCAACUACACGAACUAAACAACAGGGGAAAUGUAGAACCAUAUCUAAAGGUAAUACACACUGUUUUCAUAUUGCUAGUGAAUAUGGAAAACCCCUGUUUGUAUGAUUUAAAAAGAAAGACUGUAGCCAUGGAUUUGAUUGUGAGAGAAAACAGAUUUUUGUAGGAGGCAGCAUAAGAAAUGGAAAAACUUUCACUGUGGAAGAAGAUAGUUCUGAAGCCCAACCCUUCUGUUCUGUAAUAGCCUGCUGCUUUCUUACGGUGUCUGUCUGAUGGUUGACAGUGUGUGUCCGUCCCAUUUGGGACAAAGCCACUGUGUGAUGACUGAGAUGACACCUCCCCAACACUACAGCUGGACUAUAUGUCCAUGUCCACUGUUACUGUUCUCUCUGUUCUACUUAAUCAGCUCUGAAACCUCUCUGUUCAGUGUCACUUCACCCCAAACUUAGUCCAUGUCCACUGUUACUGUUCUCUCUGCUCUACUUAACCAGCUCUGAAACCUCUCUGUUCAGUGUCACUUCACCCCAAACUUAGUCCAUGUCCACUGUUACUGUUCUCUCUGCUCUACUUAACCAGCUCUGAAACCUCUCUGUUCAGUGUCACUUCACCCCAAACUUAGUCCAUGUCCACUGUUACUGUUCUCUCUGCUCUACUUAACCAGCUCUGAAACCUCUCUGUUCAGUGUCACUUCACCCCAAACUUAGUCCAUGUCCACUGUUACUGUUCUCUCUGUUCUACUUAAUCAGCUCUGAAACCUCUCUGUUCAGUGUCACUUCACCCCAAACUUAGUCCAUGUCCACUGUUACUGUUCUCUCUGCUCUACUUAACCAGCUCUGAAACCUCUCUGUUCAGUGUCACUUCACCCCAAACUUAGUCCAUGUCCACUGUUACUGUUCUCUCUGCUCUACUUAACCAGCUCUGAAACCUCUCUGUUCAGUGUCACUUCACCCCAAACUUAGUCCAUGUCCACUGUUACUGUUCUCUCUGCUCUACUUAACCAGCUCUGAAACCUCUCUGUUCAGUGUCACUUCACCCCAAACUUAGUCCAUGUCCACUGUUACUGUUCUCUCUGCUCUACUUAACCAGCUCUGAAACCUCUCUGUUCAGUGUCACUUCACCCCAAACUUAGUCCAUGUCCACUGUUACUGUUCUCUCUGCUCUACUUAAUCAGCUCUGAAACCUCUCUGUUCAGUGUCACUUCACCCCAAACUUAGUCCAUGUCCACUGUUACUGUUCUCUCUGCUCUACUUAAUCAGCUCUGAAACCUCUCUGUUCAGUGUCACUUCACCCCAAACUUAGUCCAUGUCCACUGUUACUGUUCUCUCUGCUCUACUUAAUCAGCUCUGAAACCUCUCUGUUCAGUGUCACUUCACCCCAAACUUAGUCCAUGUCCACUGUUACUGUUCUCUCUGCUCUACUUAAUCAGCUCUGAAACCUCUCUGUUCAGUGUCACUUCACCCCAAACUUAGUCCAUGUCCACUGUUACUGUUCUCUCUGCUCUACUUAAUCAGCUCUGAAACCUCUCUGUUCAGUGUCACUUCACCCCAAACUUAGUCCAUGUCCACUGUUACUGUUCUCUCUGCUCUACUUAAUCAGCUCUGAAACCUCUCUGUUCAGUGUCACUUCACCCCAAACUUAGUCCAUGUCCACUGUUACUGUUCUCUCUGCUCUACUUAAUCAGCUCUGAAACCUCUCUGUUCAGUGUCACUUCACCCCAAACUUAGUCCAUGUCCACUGUUACUGUUCUCUCUGCUCUACUUAAUCAGCUCUGAAACCUCUCUGUUCAGUGUCACUUCACCCCAAACUUAGUCCAUGUCCACUGUUACUGUUCUCUCUGCUCUACUUAAUCAGCUCUGAAACCUCUCUGUUCAGUGUCACUUCACCCCAAACUUAGUCCAUGUCCACUGUUACUGUUCGCUCUGCUCUACUUAAUCAGCUCUGAAACCUCUCUGUUCAGUGUCACUUCACCCCAAACUUAGUCCAUGUCCACUGUUACUGUUCUCUCUGCUCUACUUAAUCAGCUCUGAAACCUCUCUGUUCAGUGUCACUUCACCCCAAACUUAGUCCAUGUCCACUGUUACUGUUCUCUCUGCUCUACUUAAUCAGCUCUGAAACCUCUCUGUUCAGUGUCACUUCACCCCAAACUUAGUCCAUGUCCACUGUUACUGUUCUCUCUGCUCUACUUAAUCAGCUCUGAAACCUCUCUGUUCAGUGUCACUUCACCCCAAACUUAGUCCAUGUCCACUGUUACUGUUCUCUCUGCUCUACUUAAUCAGCUCUGAAACCUCUCUGUUCAGUGUCACUUCACCCCAAACUUAGUCCAUGUCCACUGUUACUGUUCUCUCUGCUCUACUUAACCAGCUCUGAAACCUCUCUGUUCAGUGUCACUUCACCCCAAACUUAGUCCAUGUCCACUGUUACUGUUCUCUCUGCUCUACUUAAUCAGCUCUGAAACCUCUCUGUUCAGUGUCACUUCACCCCAAACUUAGUCGAUGGAAACUGGCUGUACAUACUUCAUCACCUCCUUUUUGUAUUGUAUUUAUUUUCUGGAACAUAAUCUAUAUAAAACGUGUUUUAUUGAUGUUGUAAAUGAAUAUAUUAAUACAUACUGUAUAUUUGCGUAAAUAAAUGAAAAGCAAUUACUGA